UAUUAAUGUUCGGUGAUUAAAAAAAAAAUUUAAUAAUAGGAACUUUUAGUAUUGUAGCUUUAGGUGCUAUGAUAUGGAAGGUAUUUGAUAAGAAACAAUAACCUAAACUUACAUAAACUGUAAGUGAUGAGAAUUUAAUAAAGUUUAUUAAGGAUUUAAGAGCUUAAUCAUUUCCACAUUUUUUUUUGGUAUCAGGCAUUGUUUAAUAAGUGAAAUAAGGAAAAAAGAAUGAGAUCUAAGAAAUUUUAAUAAAAAUUAAAUAAGAAGUAGAGCUUCUUUUUGAAAAGAAAUAAAUAAUGAUUCUUUGUAAAUUAGAAUUAGAUAAAUAAGAGGUAGAAUAAAGUCUUUUAUUGAGUUAAAAUAGUGAAGUGAAGUAAUUGUAUGAUUAAUUUUAAUAAUUAUAUGAAGAUGCUUUAGAUGGUAUAGAACCAGAAAUAAAAUUAAAUGAUUAGACUCUAUAAAAAUUUAAUUAAGAGAAAUUACUUAAAAUUAUGGGGAAUGUAUUAGCAGUAUCUGUUAAUGUGAUCUGUUUAGCUACAGAAGAUUUAUUGUAAAGAUCUGAUUGUCCAAAUGAAUUUAAAUUAGAUUAACCAAUAUUUAUGAAAGCAUUAAUAAGGAAUGGUUUGACUGAUAAAAAAUUAGAAUUGUUAUCCUCAUUUAAAUUAAAUGAAUUUGAACCUUAAGAGUAAUGUCCUAUAGAGUUAUUUUCAAAAAUGAUUUAAUAUUAGAAAUUGGCUAAUCCAAAGUUUAAAUAAUGUGUAGAGGAUAUUGAGAAUUUUUAUGAGAAUAUCAUUCAAAAAAUAUUAAAGAAAGAAAUAGAUUCUGAGAGUGCAAGAAGUGCAUCAGCUAAAAUAGAUAUAGAUGAAAUAAUAAAAAAACUUACAUGA